AUGUUUGCCCGUACGCGUAUUCUUUCUGCAUCGCGGUCUGCUGUGUCCAGGCGCUAUGCCUCGACGAAGUCUCUCAAGGAAGCGCUGCAAGAAGUCAUUCCGGCAAAGCAAGAGCAGCUCCGGAAGCUGAAAACCGAACACUCGCAAGCCGUUGUCGGAGAUGUCGAAAACAUCAUCGGAGGGAUGCGAGGCCUCAAAGCCAUGCUCUGGGAGGCGUCUGUGCUCGACCCCAAUGAAGGCAUUCGCUUCCAUGGCCUCAGCAUUCCGGAAUGCCAAAAGGUCUUGCCUGCUGCUCCGGGCGGCAAGGAAAUGACAGCGGAAAGUAUGCUCUGGCUCCUAAUGACCGGCCGGGUGCCAACAGAAGCCGAAUCCCGUCAACUAUCCCGCGAGCUUGCUGAAAAAGGCGACUUGCCUAAGUUUGUUGAACAACUCGUUGAUUCGUUCCCCCAAACUCUUCAUCCUAUGGCGCAGCUUGGUAUGGGUGUUGCAGCGUUGAACCACGACAGUGCAUUUCAAGCAGCCUAUGAAAAGGGCAUCAAGAAAUCCGAGUACUGGACUCACACUUUGGAGGACGCGCUUAAUCUGAUUGCCCGUCUUCCGGCCCUCGCCGCACGCAUCUACCGCAAUGUCUAUAAGCCUGGAACUCCGAUGCCUGCCAUCAACAAGGACCUCGACCUCAUUGGAAACUACUCUGCACUUCUCGGAUUCGGCGACAACCAUAGUCUGACCGAGUACCUUCGCCUCUACAUUGCUCUCCAUGGCGAUCACGAAGGAGGAAAUGCAUCUGCACACACCUCUCAUCUAGUUGGCUCAACGCUCGCGGAUCCUUACUUGUCCUAUGCUGCAGCUCUGUUCGCUUUAGCUGGCCCUCUCCAUGGCCUUGCAAACCAAGAAGUGCUGCGAUGGCAGUUAGCGAUGCAGGCUGAGAUUGGAAGUGAUGUCUCCCAUGAACAAAUCAAGGAAUACCUGUGGAAGACGUUGAAGAGUGGACAAGUCGUUCCUGGCUACGGACACGGUGUUUUGCGCCAAGCUGACCCGCGUUUCAUUGCCUUGCAGGAGUUUUGCGACUCGCGGCCUGAGUUGCAGCAGAGUCCCGUCAUCGGGCUCGUUAAAAAGACCUACGAAGUCGCCCCAGGUGUCUUGAAAGAGCACGGCAAGACCAAGAACCCCUACCCCAACGUUGAUGCCACUUCGGGCUGCGUUCUACAUCACUACGGGCUGAAGGAAUUCAAGGCAAUACUACACGGUCAUUUUCGGUGUCUCGAGAGCCCUGGGAUGCCUCACGCAGUCUGUCUGGGCUCGAGCCCUUGGGUUGCCGUUGGAGCGGCCAAAAUCUCUGUCAAUGGAUGCAUUGGAAAAGCUCAUCAAAUAACGAGAGUUGUACAACUUAUUCAUCGUGUCAUAAGGAGAGAGUUGAAUGGGUAUCCUUUCCAAUCAGCGUUGUCCGACGUGACCCAAAAGAAACAGAGAUAUUUAAGGGAAUGA